CAAACCUGCUGCUUCUAGGCCGAAUACCGCGGACCAGGCUCAAACAGCCCUUGAUUCUGGUAGAGUGUUUAAAAUGACAUCAUCUCAUCGUUGUUCGUUCGAAAGCGCGAAGAACCCAGGAAUUAGCGAAGUGGAUACAAGUGGGCGACAUCCCGAUGGCCUAUGCCCGCCCGAAUUGUAUAGGAUUGUCGCUGACAAUGACACGCUUCAACCCAGCAACCGACAGCUACAUGACGCCUUGACUUUGAGCAGAGAAUAUUGGUAUCGCCUCUCAAGGACUGCCUGUUACGUCCAUGGUAAUGGCGUCAACCCAGAACUUGCUCAUCCUCACCACAUGCUAUGCAAAGUUCCCAGUAUGCACGGAGGGCCGCACACGACCCAUGCGCUUCAUAUUGGUGCCUCUCCUUCCCGGAUACUCUGUCUUCAGGCAUCCGUUAACUGGCAGCUGGAUGAAUCAACAGUCUGCGACCGUGCGAGAGAUAGAACAGAUACCGUUCUUCUACAUAUUGGCACGAAAGCCGCAGUCCCUUAUACCCUAAAUGGCAAGGACUUCAGCUUUUGGAUUGGAAUGGAGAGUGAAGAAGUACCAGGUCCAAACUACCUGGCUGUGCUUACAUUAGGGUGGUGCUACGUCCUAUCUGCUCGCCUCCUUGAGAUUUAUGGGAGAAAUUCCGCGAUGAGAUAUACGGACUUUAAAGCGACAGCACAUUAUGAAUCUAAUCCUAAACCUACAAUGCAUACUGUCGAUAUUGGCGAGGUCAGUGACGAUACAGCUUCCUGGUGGCUAUCAGUAUUAGCUUCUGGCGAGGGCUGGAAGGCUGCCAUCAAACAGAGUGAUGGUGGAGAGUAUCUUACGCCCUGGUCAGUAACCCGUCCUUCGGAACAAUCACUCGCAAUCAAAUGGCGGAGUAAGGAUUCAACUGAAGCUCAAGCUCCUUCCCUAACACCCCUGUCGUCCCAAAAAGCCUUUGAGGCUCUCUCAUAAUCAAAGUUCUCGGUUAUUGCAAGAUGGGCUAGAAACAAGAAGAACGAGGUGGAUCCGUAAAAAAAUUAUAUCUUGGCCUGAUUCGAUUUCAGAAAAUGGUUCUUUAGAUAUCCAGAGAACUGCGAUGAAUAUGUAGGUCAGAUGAGGUGUCUGCCUAUGAUUGAUCUGCAACUGUGAAUGGUCCAAGUCGAAAAGCAAUUUGCUGGAGUAUUAAACAUAAAACCA